CAACUGUACAAGCCAUCAAAGUGACGAAACUAAGUCCUUAGUCCGACGGGACAAACCCUGCCAAGGUAAUUUUGGAAGUACGGACGUCGGGAAGACUUGAGCCACGUGAUAUGUCAUCCUUAGCACACGAGACAUGUUCCCUCAAUACUACAACCACCACCGACGUCCUCAUCCUGAUCUCAAAUAUUUUUGCAAGUCUCUUCGUACUCCCCACCCACCUUCGGAGUCCUCUCUUCGCUAUUCUUCUCUGGCAGCACUCGUUUAUCAAGGACCUGAGAUGGUUAGCUUUGCUUAGAAAGCGUAGAUCGCCUGGAGGAUGCAGGCGCCGCAAUGCUCUUUUCCGCCUGACCACCGCACACAAAACUCCUCAAAGACUAUCGCAACUGCAAGAAGACCUCGCCAGACUAUCAUGCAGGACUGGAGACGCAACGAAGAGUGCGCAGUACGCUUGGAAAGCGGGUGGGGAAGCUAUGCUAGUGGGGGCUGAUCGAGUCGGGUAUUCUGAACAGAAGCUGAAGGCUUGCGCUAAAGCGAAGCAUAUCUAUUCGCGGCGAUAACCAAAGUCGCGAUUGAGUCUACGUUUCAGCCGGUCCCGCAUAUCGAUUUUUGAAUCUGCAUCACAUACCGGAGGGGGCUUCGGUAAUGCAAGCCCAGCAGAUUUAGUUAUAUAAUAUCCCAGGCCAUGAAUCGGUACAUGUGCCACGGCCUGCCCCGCGAUCCUUUCGUUU